CAUAGCAAAGGAUACAAUUCGCACUAUGUAUUGCAACCGCAAAUGGCCAAAGCCGAGCUCAUUUGUUCCGGCCUUUCGCCAACUGCUGUCAACGUUGCCUGCGCUCGAGCCCCAGCCAUAUGCCGCGUUUCAUAGCUCAACUUGGCAGCUCCAAGUUGUCGUUCGCGGCAGCCGGAACCUUAGCGCAACCUCGUAGUUAGAGUCACGCGUUGUCAACAUGGCCCCCACCCGGAUUUCCCCGUCAUAUGAACCCAACGAUGACGCACCGCAGCUGGACAACGGCUUCACGUCCGGGGAGCUGGUGCCGGACUUUGGCUCUGGUGACAUGGGGCCGCUUCUGCAGCAGCCGAGCGAUGAUGUACCUCCAGGAGGGGGAUUGAGCGGAACCCGCAGGGUGCGGUCUUCCCGCUCAAGCACGGUGGGAGUGGUCGCCGGCGGCGUGAGCAGCGCCCUGGGCUCGGUGAUGGGGCUGUUCCGGCCCCGCACCGCGAUCAACGCAGUGACCCCGGCGGCGAUUCGAGGGCACGGCGCGGCGCUAGUACCACGCGCCAGCGGCGGCACCAGCAGCGGCGGUGCCGGCCUGUCCAGCGGCGGCAGCCCGCAGCAGCCGCAGCAGCCAGGCAGCCGGGCGCGGGCGGUACCGGUGUCGACCACAGUGGUGCAGGACGGAGUCAAGUGGGUCAACCUGAUGCGCCUGGUCAACAUCAGUCGCCUCUUCACCGUCUGCAUCCGCCCGGCAGGCGGCCGCGGCCGUCGCCGUGUGCGCUUCGGCGGCGGUGCCAGUGGGAGGGCGCUGUUGAUGCAGGCCAACGGCGGCGCCGCCUGCGACACGGGGCGGGCUGCAUUGGACACCUCGCUGGGCGGCGCGGCGGGGCCCGGCGCGGGCCCCAGUGCACGCCCCGUAUACAUCCAGGUCCGCUCCGGGCGGCACCUGGUGUGGCCCACGUACGAGGGCGUUGACCACACCUGCUACUGCUUGCUGCUGGUCAAUGACCAGCCGCGCGGGUCUACGCAGGCUGUAGCAGUGUCGGGCGCGACGGGCGGUGGCGGAGGCGCGUUUGGCGGCUCCGCGGCCGCCGCCAACAACACUGUCCAGUGGAACGAGGUGUUCAGCUUCCCGCGCGCCUGUCUCGAGGGCCGCGCGGGCAGCGUGGUCCAGCUGCAGGUGUGGAGCUCCGAGUCGUACGGUGACGACGUACUGGUGGGCGCCGCCGAGCUGCCGCUGGGGCCGCUGCUGGCAGCGGAGCGCCCGCGCCCGCUCAACACAGUGCUGGAGCUGCAGGCCAUUGACGACGAGACGGGUCAGCCCGAGCCGGGCUCGUGCGGCGACCUACUGGUGGCGGCGUGGGUGGAGCCGGCCGCGGAGAAGGGCGUCAGCGCGGCGCCCUGCAUGCUGUCGCCGCCGGCCGCCGCCACCGACGUGGACGAGCCGGGGGUGGUCACCAGCAACCUGUCAGCCCCCUGCGGCACCAAGAGUAUGCCGCAGGUGAUCCACAGCCAGAUGGGCACGCUGUACGAGGAGCCGUGUGUCAUGGCGAUCAAGAUCUCAGUGGUGGGGCUGGUGGACCUGAAUUACGAGCAGCUGGUGUCCAGCGCCGCGGUGGGGGGCAUCAGCCGCAAGCGUGUGCGCCUGGAGGGCGGCGGCGGAGGCGGAGGCGGAGGCGGCACCUCCUUUGGCACCAGCUCCAAGGCCCCCACAGCCGCAAUCGCGCCCACUUCUAGCGAUGGCAUAGCCGGCGGUGGCGGAGGCGGAGGAGGAGCUGGAGGCGAGGCGGGCGCAGCGCCGGGCGAGCGCGCUGCCCAGGCGGCGAAGCAGCUGUGGCGCCGCGCCAGCACCCUCAAGUCCGAAUCCGGCGCCACCGCUACAACGUCCGCGCAGCAGGGGCCCUUUGAGGCACACGGCAUGUCGCGCGCGCCGCCCGAGAUGCAGCAUGGCCUCAAGCGCUUCCUGUUCCGACACCAGGGCCACCUGCGGCUGCGCCGCGAGCAGAAGAUGCUGCGCGACAAAACCCUCGGGCACGGAGGCGUGCUGCCAAACAGCAAGGUCGCGGCGGCGGCAGCGGCCGCGGCCAAGGCCACAGGGGACGGCGCGGAGGGGGUGGCGGGGCUGGGUGCAGGGACGGGGGCGGGCGACGUGCGCGCGGCGGGGGCGCCCAGGGGCGUGCUGGCGACGACGGCGGCGGCAGUGACGGGCAAGGUGGUGGGUGGCACGAUGUGGGCGCUCACGCUAGGCUACUGGAACCACGGCGCGGGCGGCGGCGGCGGCGCCGCUGGCGGCGGCCCCAACGGCAGGCGGCGCACAAACGGCGGCGGUGGCAGUAACACUAGCCAGAUGGACGAGUUGAUGGAGGAGGAGGACGAGGCGGCGGCGGGCGGCGGCGGCGGCCGCAGCGGCGGCGGCGCACCUGGCGGCGCUGACGACGGCGGUGGUGGUGACGACCGGCUGCGCGACGAGAUCAAGGGCGCGGCUGGCGCUGCGACGCUGCUGGGUGGCGGGCAUGAGGACGUGGAUGAGGGCAGCAGCAGCGCCCUGUACGCGGGCUCAGACCCGACCAGCAAGGGCAGCGGCGGCACCGAGGCCAGCACCGGCGGCGGUGGCGGCCCCGGCGGCCCCGGCAGCGGCCCGGCGCGUGGCAUGUUCUGCUACUUCAAGGUCAGCCUGGACAAGCAGUCGGAGAAGGGCCGCCUGCGCUGGCUAACGGCGCCGCCCAGCUCCUCCGCCGCUGACACCGUGGCCGCGGUGGCCGCCGCCUCCGCCGCCUCGCUGCCGCCCUUCAUGGCUGAGGCCCGGCAGGGCGCCUACACAGGCACAGGCACAGGCACCGGCCCGAUGCGCUCGGCCGCCAGUGCGCCCGGCGGCGCGAUGCGCGCGCCGCUGCUGGCGCCCGGCGGCGGCCUGGGCGGCGGCGGCGGCGGUGCUUGGGGCGGCAACGUGUCUGCGCUGCAGCCGUCCAUGUUUGUGUUCACAAUGGCUCGGCCGCUGCCCAACUCGCCGGUGGCCCUGGCGCUGUACGCCACACCCAACGCCCGCCGCCGCGGCCGUGUGGUGGGGCGGCUGUACGUACCGCUGUACGACCUGCUGGAUCACGUGCUGGGCAGCGCCCCGCUCAAUGGCGGCGGCGGCGGCGGGGCAGGAGGCGGCGGGGCAGGGGGAGCAGGAGGCGGCCCGGCGGCACGGCGUGACAUGGGCGUGGCGGGCAAGCCCGUGGAGCUGACACUGCCCUUCGAGGACCCGGAGCUGGGCGCGGUACGGCUGGUGGUUCAGAUUGCUGACUUGGACGAGCGUGCCGCGCUGUUCCGCCUGCCGCUGGUGACAGACCCCUCGCAGCUCAUGAGCGAGGCCGGCGGCGCGUACGGCGGCGGCGGCGGCGGCUGCGGGCAGUACGGUUACGGCGGUUACGCCAGCCCCGGCGACCGCGUGGAGGUGGUGCCGUACUCGGACCAACUGCCGCAGCAGGCGGAGUACGGCAGCGGUGACAGCGGCAGUGGCGGGAGCGGGCGCGCGGGAGGCGGCGGCGGCGGCGGCCUGGGGGGAGGUGGACCGGCAAGUGGCGGCGGCGGCGGCGGCAUGUUGGCGGCGCCUGCGGGUGUGGGUCCGGUCAUGGGUGACACGGCGCUGCUGCGUAAGGUGCUGGACAGCUCGGGUGUGGAUGUGGACGUGGCGGACUGGUUCGUGCGCAGCUACAGCCGCAUCGGCGGCGGCAAGGCGGCCCGCGGCGACUUCAGGGGCAGCACGCUGGUGGAGGACCUGUCCGUGAUGGCUCACCGCCUUGCCGCCGGCUCCCUUGCCUGGCUGCGGGGCGCCUGGUCCAGCGAGGGCCGCAGCAGCAGCAGCGGCAGUAGCAACGCUGGCGGCAGCAGCAGCCGCAGCGGCGGCAGUAGCCGCGGCGGCGGCGGCGGCAGUAGCAACGCCGUCGGCAGCAGCGGCUGGUGGGGCUGGACGGGGCUCGGCGGCGCCUCGAGGCGGCAGAGGAGCGGUGCUGGUGAGGACGAUGCGCAGGGGCGGCUGCCGUCGCAGCUGGCAUCGCUCAAGGUGCACGGCGGCGCCGGCCUGGGCCCCGGCGACGUCCUGACGCCGGGCGGCCACAGGGCUCAGCUGCCAGGGGGUGCUGACCUAGCGGCUAUGGGUAGGAACACCGCCCGCGCCGCCACCGGAGCGGCGCUGGCGGUGACGGAGGGCGGGCGCCGCUUCGGCGGCGCCGCCGCCCGACUGGGCUGCGCCGCCGCCCGGGCCGUCGGUGUGGGCGGCUGCGCAGCCACGGUUGGCGACGGCGGCGCGGUCGGGUUCUACCCCAGCCCCCACCCCUUCCUCACGCAGAAGUACAUGACGCAGCACCACCAGCCGCAGCUGCUGCACCUGCGCGGCCUCGACCGCGGCGCCAGCAGCGGCAGCGGCGAGCUGGAGCCGCCAUCCGCCGCCGCCGCCGCCGCCGCCGCCAGCGGGAACGGCUACGACGCCGGCGCCUCCUUCCUCGAACCGUACGGCCUAAGUGCCUACAGCGGCCUGGGCCCCAACGGCACCGGCCGACUGCCGCAGCUGCUCUCCAGUGCCGGCGCUGCCGCCGCCGCUGCGGCGGCAGCAGCCGCCGCCGCCACCGGCGCCGGCGCCGGCCCCCCGUCGGCUGCGGCUGCGGGCGGCGGCGGCGGCGGCGGCGUGCCGCCGCCGCCGUUCGGCCGGCCGAAGCAGGCUCCGCGCGCGCUGGGUUCGCUGGUGCUGCGCAUCACGUCGCUCAACAGCAGCGGCGCGGUGCCGGGUAGCAGCUGCUGCUGCAUCGUCAAGUGCGGGCCGCACUGGCUGCGCACCGCGGACCGCGCUCCGGCGGACGGCGCCGGCAACCUGCCGCAGUGGCAGGUGGUCAUGCCUCUGUACUCGCCCGCCACCAUCCUGACGGUGGGCAUCUUCUCAAACAGUGUCAAGACGGUGAUGGGCCUGACCUUCAGUGACAGCCUGACGCUGGUGUCACGUGUGCGCUUCAAGCUGGGCCGCGUGCGCCCCUUCAAACGCAACUGGCACGUCAUAGCCAUGUACAUGAACGGCGCUGUCGGCGGCGGCUCCGGCUCCGGCGCCUCGCCUCUUGUGGGCGUGCUGGGCGUCAAGGUCAACUACGCCUCGCCCGCCGCGCUGUCUGCCGCCUAUCUGGCACCGGCGCUGCCGGACUCGCUGUACGAGUUGGAGCUGGAUGGCGACACGGGGCUCAAGAUGGAGGCGGACGCGCGAAAGAUAGCCGAGGGCUGGCUGUCCUCCGCGCAGCCGCCCAUCCCCGGUGACGUGGCUCGCAUCCUGUUGGACGACGGCCGCAGCACCUUUGACUUCGGCCGGACCAAGACCAACUGGAGGCGCGUCAAGGCCGGUAUGCGGCUGCUGUACUCGCUGGCGGCCUGGUUCAAACACAUCUGCACCUGGAGCAGCAGCCGCGACAGCUGGGAGGUGAUGUUGUGCAUUGCGCUACUCUGCUACCUGCCCUCCACAGCCAUGCAGCUGUUUGUGUUCAUGCUGGCGCUCAAGGGCGUCCGCCGCUACCUGGACUGGCGGCACCGCAAGCAGCUGCGCGAAGCCGGCGGCGGCGGACCCGGCGCCGCCAUGGCCGCCGCCGCCGCGGCCGCCACCGGCAGUGCGGGAAUGGCGGCGGUGGCGCAGGCGGCCGCCGGCGGCGGCGUGGCGGCGCGGGAGGCGGUUGGCACGGUUGGCGACGUGACCAUUGGCGGUGGUGUGGUUGCUGAGUCGGACAGCGAUGAGGAGCUGGGCGAAGACAGCAAGGUGGCGGUGGGCACUGUGGCCGAGUUCAAGAGGAAGUUCGCCGAGCUGAUCGAGUUGGGCCUGAUGCUCCAGAACCUGUUUGAUGACGUGGCGUCAGUGCUGGAGCGGCUGCAGGCCGUGCUGGCGUUCCAGGACUUUGUCGCGUCCUGGCUGUGCAUCGCCGGCUGCCUGCUGCUGGUGGCGGUGGUGGCGCUGCUGGGCUUCCGAACCACCGUGUUCCUGGUGCUGCUGUGGCAGGUGCGGCCGCCGGCGCUGCGCGACCCAUUGCCUCCGGCGCCUUUCAACUACUUUAUGAAGCUGCCCUGCAAGUCCGCAGCGGAGUAUGGCUAGGCGCGGCUAGCUAACUAGCUAGCUAGCUAGGGCAGCUAGGGCGGCAGGAGCGAGGGGGCAUCAUAUGUAUUUAUUAAUGGGCUGGUAUGGAGGUGCCAACUGCAGCGUGCGAGUACGGUAUGUGCAUUUGUGAUGGUGGCUUGGGGUACAGAAUUGGGAAUUGCGAGCCAACGGCAGACAUUGACAGACUGGCAGUGCUCGAUGCUGGCAAUUGCAUGACGUGCGCGCGUGGUGGUUGUCUGGCUUUAGACGUUGCUGUGUCGUUUUUACUUUGCAUGUAGGACCAGUUACGUGUGCACGCCUUGCUUGCAUGACUAAAUGCGCUUGGACAUAUAUUGCAUGAAUUUGGCUUGGCUUUACGCGCUAAGAAGCAUACGUGGCCCAGGGCGGGAAGAGGUAGGGUUAUCACGCACAGGGGUAGAGUGAGUGGUAUGUGCGCGGAGUGGGCACGCUGCGGCGGCCUGCCGCCGGCCUUGGACCCCCAGCGCCUUUCCGGUGGCCCUACCGGCCGCUUGCGUGCGGGUCUUGCUGGUUGUAGUUGCAUGCGGCUCCCAAUGACUUGUCCCUAGACUGCUCCCCCGUUUGCUGUGCAAGCCGCAGAUUGCAGGUUUGGGAUUACUGCAACUUUUGGCCGGGCGCAGGGGUCAUCCUUGCUCCUGGGCACUGUACCGCCGUGUCAUACCGUGCAAAAUCACAAAGGUGCCGUAGUGUCGAGAAUAGUUAGUAACAGAAGCGGCAAAUAGUGCACAAAUAGUGCGCUGGAAUAUGUGGGCGGCGGCGGCAGCGUACGCGUGGUGACGUGCGUGGCGGGAGUAAUGGCCGGCGGGGCAACACAUGCCAGCAAUUAAGCAAGGCCAA